AUGGCAUAUUUUUUUUUUUUUUUUUUUUUUUUUUUUUUUUUUUUUAAAGACAAUUGGUACCUGAGAGUUACCGAUAGUGGCUACUGCUUGGUUAGCGGUAAGAAUGAAGUCCGGCACCACCAAUCCGGGCUUGAGGCUGCUCGACUGUGGGAGAUUGGGACCCACCGAAGGCGGCACUCAAUCUGCAAUCAUUCAAUCUCAGGGCAUGUCAUGUUGGUUAUGGACAUUGGAGAUUGGAGAACAGGGGAGAAUGUGAUGACGGACGCCCGCUUGCUGACUCCGGCGGAUGCCGAUCGCAGCAAUUUGGGUUGGCCAAGUGUAACUGGUACCAUUACUCCGUACAUACUGGUUGUACCUGCUCGCUGCUCCGUACUCGUACCUGAGGCUUGCUUCUGGCCGCAAUUCGCCCAAACUUCUCCGCUCUCUCGCUCGUUCAAUCCAUUCGUUCCGUCACUCACUCACUCGCUCUUUUCCCUUCCUUCUGUUCGUUCUCUUCUCUUUGGAGUGUCUUCCCUCAACUCCUCCCACACCCCCUCAAAUGGAUCUGUCCCAAUGAGUGUGUUAUUUCUGCGCUCUAUCUAA